AUGAUCCGGGGGGCGUUACGUGAGAUCUUUUCUUCGCUGAGACUGCGGUUACAGCCGCUGCUACUGCUACUUCUGCUGUUGCCGCCGAGCAGCAGCAAAAUACACACAAGCAGCAGCAGGGGCUUAGCAACUACUCGAAGCGUCUUGGCCUUCGGAGGAUUGAGGACUGUCAACCGUGAAGUACCAGGGACAACCGCAAGGGCAGCAGAAUGGCUGCAGCAGCCCCCCUCCACGCUGUGGGCGCCUCAGCGCAGCACAGCAUCUGAGUGCAGCAAGAGCAGCCGCUGCUGCUGCAUGCGUUCGAGCUCGGAGGCCAGUGCAGCAGCAUUACCUUCGGCCAACAGCCCUCAGGAGCCACCAUUUCGCUUGUUGGGAGGGGGGCUCUCCCUCAAUCCCUCGUUAAUUUUUGCACUUGCAGCGCGGCGUCUUCUACAGCGGGAGCUGCAGCAGCUAUUCCAGCCCAGCGAAGUUGCAGCAUCAGCACAAGCACAUUCUGCUGUCUCAGCUGUCGCUUCUGAUGCUGUUUGCACGCCAGUAACAGUUGAAGGCGGCAGUGGAGGAGACGGGUCGAUCGCUUUUCUUCGCCUCAAAGCGGCACCACGUAGCGGCGCUUCAGGAGGUAGCGGAGGCCGGGGAGGCUGCGUGUUGCUGAGGGCAGUGGGGGCCUCGGAAGAGGCCCCCAGUGUGCCUCGGCGUCUGUCAGCGGUAGGAGAAAGCGGAUCCUGGAGAGCGGCUUCAGGGGGGAUUGGCACGGGACAGGGAAAAACUGGGGCCCAUGGCCCUGAUCUUCUGCUAGGGCUCUCCCCCAAUACUCUGGUCGUGGACGUCUCCGCGGUGCAGGCGCAUGCAGCUAAUGCGGUGCGACGUCUGCUGCGGCUACAACAGCAGGUGGACGGGAAAGCAAGUGAAGCGGCGGUGGAGCAGCAACAACAACAACAAGAGCGGCAUCAACAACAUGGGGAGCAGCAGUCUGCUAUCUGCAGCAUAUACUUCACAGCCCCCGGAGAUACCCUGGUGGCGGCUCGCGGAGGGAUGGGAGGCAGAGGCAACUUGGCCUUCGUCUCAAAUCACAAUAGGCACCCACUCCUGGGAGAGACAGGGACCCCGGGAGAGCGGAGGAAGCUGCUGGUGCUCCACAACUUCAGCGACUUUGUUGUUGUGGGCCGCAUGCAGAGCGGCAAGUCCAUGCUGCUGCGGGCACUUUCUGCAGUGGCCACAGCCGGUGCCGCAGCAGCAAACCCCAAAGGCGCUGCUGCGCAUGUAAGUGGUGGCGCCGUUGCUGCCACUACUCACCAGCGUGCACUCCAUUCCCGAAGGGCAACAGGAAUUCAGGUCAGGGAGCAGCACCAGCAACAGCGGCAGCAACAGCAGUGGCUAUCGGCGGCAGUUCCAGAGGACGUGUGGCUUCCAACUUCUGAGGCGACUAUCUGCGUGAUCCCCGCCCCAACACCCGCAGCAGCAACAUCCCACAACCUCCCAAUUGAGCAGAGGCCCUCAGAGCUGCUGCAGCAGCAGCAGCAGCAGAACAAAUGUCUGGUACAUGUGCUAGAGCAAGGCAUCUCACUCGCCUCAGCAGCACCACUUGUCGCCAUCGAUACUCCAGGACUGCUACCAGCAUCGGCUCCCCCAACAGCAGCAGCAGUGGGUGAAACCGGAGCAGCAACAGCAGCAACUGCAAGGAGCAUUUUGCUGCCAGGUGUACAGCAGCAACAGGAACCCCUUCAGGGUCUCAGCGCGGGCACUGCCGUCUUGCUGGUUGUAGACGGCUCCCUUCCCGAUCCCGCAGAGGAGUGCCGCACGCUACGGGAGCAGCUGCUGCAAGCAAAUCCCCAGCUUGCAGACCUACCGUUGAUUGUGGCACUCAACAAGAUAGACUUGCUGCAACAGUGUCAGCGCAAGCAGAAACAAGACAGGCGGAAAGUAGCAAGCGUUGUGGACAGGGCUGCAGGCGUCGCAGACCUCAGUGCUGAAGUGCGGCAGAUGCUGCUGUCUCACUUUAAGCAUCAACAGCAGCAUCAACAACAGCAAAAACAACUGAGUCCAGGGGCGUACAACUUGGCGUUUUUGGCUGCUUACUCUUCGGGUGCAGCAUCAGCGCCUCGUAGGCUGCUGCUGUUCACUGUUGACGAGCUGGAGCAGCAACAGCAGCAACCCGGUGCUAAUAUGAUGCGUCGCCCAACAGCAGCACCGCCCAUACGUGUCUCCACCAUCAGCAGCAAAAAGCGUCCGUACCCUUCUUUCCCCUCUCUAGAAGAUCCUUACAAGUGGACUAUCGUGGAACUUCGGGAACAGGGGAAGCUGCAACGAUUGCUGCAUAACGGAGAGGUAUUGCAUGCCUCUCCAGACUUCACUAGUGAAAACAGCAUCAGAGGGCGGCGCUGUUUUGAAUUGAAAGGGCCUCUCGUCUCCCUGCUAACUGAACCUGUGAAGUUCAACAGUGAAGCGGCGAAGCUCAGGCUGUACAGACAGCUCAAUGCACUUGGCAUAGAAGCCUUCACGGAUUACGGUGCCAGCAUAGGGGACUACCUGUUGGUGGGCCCUGUUCUACUGCAGCUGCUUCCGCUCGUCCGACAUUGCAAGGGGAGGCAGAGGGCACUGCAAGCGCCGAUAUGUGGUGGACAUGCCUGGGAUAUUUUUAAGACAGACGGCCUCCCCAAGAAAAACGGACCUGAUGCUUCAGCCGCUUCGGCUGCUGCUCUCAUGGGUAUUGAAGAAGGCGUGACUAGGAAGCUAGAGGACACAAAGCUGCGUGAUGCAGGGGCUGCGUCUCUGAGUCCCAGCGUGCGGCCAUGGGGGAUAUCGGCAACUGCCGAAGGUCCCAAUGUGGUGCACAAGAUGGCUAAUGAGGAUUCUGACGCCAUUAUCCAGUACAAGCUCCCGAUAUUCAGACCAGCUAGGGCCAAAACGACAAGGAAUAUGUGCGUGUACACGAGGGAUCGGAACGAUCGGGGUGCGGGUGUGGGGGAUUUACUGCAGGAGGGAGUCCUCGCUGCUCACUGCCCACUGAGCCCUCGAGCGGGAAGCGAUCGCCCAUGGAAGACAUCGUAG